AUGUUCGCACCCAGCAGCGGCUCGCCGUAUCGCCACCCGGCAAAUCACAAAGGUGAUCACGACAUCGAGAACGCGGCGGGACUUGAUCUCGAUGAACAGAACCUUGCCCACAACUUUCAUGAAGACGACCUGGCAGAUCGCUUAGACAGCCCGACGUCCUCAAGAAGCCCCGAUGCCCCGCGUAAUCGUCUCCGGCACGAAACUCAGUCUCAGCAUUGGCUUCUGCAGGAUGACGAUGUAGACAACGAUGUGCCUGCGUCAUUGCUCGUGGAAGGAAACCUUGCUGGGCCGUCGAAACGCAACGCCCGGAGGACAAGGCCUCGAGAAAGCAAGUCCCCUGCGGCAGGGCCUCCAGGACGUAGGAUACAAUCGCAGUGGGAAACUGCACAGGCACGACAGCGGUUACACCCGGAAGAUGAUGACGGCUAUGGCCAGCUACCAACUGUUCAACCUGGUAUGGCACAGAGGCGGCCCGGCAUCGUCACAAAUCCCCGAGACAAGGCCAUGUUCAGAUGGGCAAACGUGUCCAAUCUGGAUGUGUUUAUUCGAGAUGUAUAUGAUUACUACCUGGGCGCCGGCAUGUGGUGUAUCUUGCUGGAACGAGCCCUGCAUCUUGUAAAGGUACUCUUCAUCGCGGUCCUUCUGACGAUACUCACACAAUGCGUGGACUACAGCAAGAUCAGACACAGCAAGAAUCUUUCACAGAUCAUGAUCCCACAAUGCACAAAGAACAUGUGGGGAGUCUGGAACUUCAGCCUAUGGGUCUGCAGCUUCUAUCUCGUCUGGAAGUCCAUCCAGUGGACCUUGGACAUACCACGGCUCAUGCACAUCCGAGAUUUCUAUGUCUUCCUUUUAGAGAUUCCCGAGGAAGAUAUGCAGACCGUCUCGUGGCAAGAUGUGGUUGCCAAGAUCACUGGCCUUCGUGAUCAGAAUGUCAAGACGGCGACAAACAUCACUCCAUCGCAACGGCGCUUUCUAUCACAGCAUCUCGGACCCCACAUGGCCCAUCAAGCUAAGGAGAGACUUGACGCCCACGACAUAGCAAACCGUUUGAUGCGUCGCGAGAACUACAUCAUUGCAUUAUUCAACAAGGAUGUGCUCAAUCUGACAGCGCCCAUUGCUUUCAUCCGGAAUCGUCAGUGGUUCUCACGAACACUGGAGUGGACAGUGCAAUUUGGGGUCCUCGACUUGAUCUUCAACGACAGCGGCCAAGUACACCAACGUGUACUUAGGUCAGACCACAGAGCACAGCUAAGCCGCGAGAUGAAGACAAGGUUCGCGUUUGCCGCAGUCAUGAACCUGAUACUCACACCAUUCCUGGCUUGUGCUAUGCUCGUUGAUUUCGUGUUCACUUAUUACAAUGAAUUUAAAACCAAUACUUCGUCAAUCGGUGCACGGCAGUACACGCCCCUUGCUCGAUGGAAGUUCAGAGAAUUCAAUGAAUUACCUCAUCUCUUUGAAGAGCGACUCAACAUGUCCUAUCCGUAUGCGAAGCACUACAUUGACCAGUUUCCAAAGAAGAAGACGGAGCUAGCAGCUCGCACAGUACAAUUCCUUGUCGGGGCGUUGAUUGCGGUCCUUGCGAUCGUCGGCUUUUCUGAUCCGGAAAUGUUUGUCGACUUCGAGAUCUUCCCAGGGAUGACUGCCUUUGGCUUCAUUGCCGUCCUUACAACAGUCUGGGCUGUUGCACGAGGCAUGAUAUCCGAAGAAAAUGACGUCUUCGACCCCGAAUUUGCAAUGCAGAGUGUUAUUGAGUAUACUCACUAUCAACCUGACCAGUGGCGUGGGCGACUCCACAGCUACGAUGUUAAGACAGAGUUUAGCGACCUGUACAAACCACGAGUCGUCAUCUUUUUCGAAGAACUUCUGGGUGUCCUGAUCACGCCGUUGGUGCUUUAUUUUAGCCUACCUCACUGCAGCGAUCAAAUCGUCGACUUCUUUCGCGAGUUUACUAUCCACGUUGACGGACUAGGCUAUGUCUGUUCAUUUGCAGUCUUUGACUUUCAGAAGGACUCGCGGAACGCACGGCCAGGAGGACAAAACGCCGCCGAUGCCCGCGAGGACUACUAUGCGACCAAGCAUGGCAAGAUGCAGGCUUCUGUUCAUGGAUUCUUGGACAAUUAUCUCUACAACCCGCGUAGUGGACUCAUUGGUGCGCAACCUGCAGGGCCCGCCGGUCGUCACCAGUUCCAUCCACCACCACACUUUCCAGGGCUUAUGUCUCCGACCUUUACCGCAGACCUAAGGUCGUCGAGGGUUGGGCGCAGUGAGCCAGCCAAGGGCAAGCUGGCUCAGGGGGCCCAGCAUCCCGGGCGUACGCCACGUUUCGGGCCUGCACCGGUCGCACCAUCACCAAUGGCUUCCAUGCUUCUUGACCCUCAUCAUCAACCAGCAGCACCUCUCGGCGCGUCUCGCAAUCUUGCGCACCGGGGAGCUCGACCAUACCAGCCCUCGAGGAGCUUCUACCAGCAACACGGCGAUGCAGACAUCAUCGAGGAGUCACAGGAGGGCGCGGCAUCUAUGCUAGGUCCAGCCGGCAUGAAGAUACAACCUAGCACUUUGCACCGGCAGAACACGCAGUACACCGACGACGGAGACGUAGAGGAGAGCGUGGCUCACCUGGGCGAGUCGACAUGGGCGGGAGAUAGGCGCGGCCAACUGAGCCGGGACAACAGCGGACUCGCGUCGGACAGUGCCGACGGGCAGGAACAGACUGGCGUUGUGCAAUUACUACGGCAGUUCCAGGCUACGCAUCUCAACCAGCGCGGUGGCGUCAUGUAG